AUGACAAUCCUAUUGUGGCAACGAAACGAACGGACUUUACCAUUGAUAAAGGAUGAUCAAAAAUAUGCGGAUAAAGUUACGGAAAUAUCGAAUUUAAUAGAAGCGGAUUGGUUUUUUGAAAAUUAUCCAAUUUUUCAAGGAGUCGUUAAAGUGAUUGGGAAAAUACAAAAUUUUGUCACCGAUAUUUCGCAGUUACAAAGUAUUGUCAAAUACUUUAGAGAAUAUCGAGGUCUCGAAAGGUCCGCAAAAGCACUUACUCGUGCGUUAAAAGAACGUCCCGAUUUUGGAAAAUCGAGAGCAGGUCAAAACAUCGAAGAUGAAGAAGCUAUAAAUGUGGAUAUUUGUGAUAUGGAAAAUGCAAUACAUGUACAUAUACAAAAAGUAGGGACUGUCGCAAGACUUUUAAAAGAAAAUAUCGUUCUUUUUGAUGAAUUAUUCGACGACACAGCACAGUUCUCAAUAUCCAACACUAUCAGUAUACUGGAGUAA